AUGGUUCCUAUAUUGGAACACAUACUGAUUGUCUCGACGUUUUUGUUGCCGCCCGUGGCCAUCUUAAUCAGUUUGGUAGUUUGCCUAGCCUUAUUUGGUAAAACAUUAGGUCUUCGAGAGAGUUAUGUAAACACUCUUAUCUUUAUCUUUGAGUGGGCUGCUCGUCAAAUCAAAACAACAGAACGUAACAAGCGACGAGAGAGCACUUUUCCUUCAACUGAUGAAGUUGUAAGCUCUGGCGAUGAAGAUGAAAGCGAAAAAGAGAACGAAGCUGAUGAAAAUAAGCCAGCUGAGGAAGGUCUACGUCAUCGUCAUGGCUCAGGAUCAAGUUUAUCUUCUCUAUCCUCUAUCUGCUCGAAACGUUCACGACGCGGCUCAGAGAGUAGUGCAUUGGGCAUCAUUCGCCGUGAAACUCAAAUUCAUCUUGAUGAUGAUGAAGAUGAAGAUUUUCAUGAAAUUUUGGUUAAAAGCCGUGGUUGGGCUGUUGUUCGUGACUCCAUCGACUUUGUGAAGGCUGGAAUUGAAGCUGUAAUUGAAGAUGAAGUUACAAGUCGCUUUGAAGCAGAGCAAUUAGUAACAUGGAACAUGCUCACAAGAACAUCAAUUCGGUUCUAUCAAUUUGUCAAUUGGAAGCUUACUACUCUCUACAUCAUUGGUCUUAUGUUCCGUUACUGCAUCAUGCUCCCCAUGCGUUUUGUUCUUUUCGGAAUGGGACUUAUUUUCCUGAUUGUCUCAACUGGAAUUAUAGGAAUGGUUUCAGACGGACCAUUGAAAAGAAAAUUAAACCAUCAUUGUAUGCUUAUUAGUAAUAGAAUAUUAUCUCGCUGUUUGACAGGAGUUGUAUACUUCCACGAUACUCAUAACAGAGCAAGGAAUGGAGGUAUUUGUGUUGCAAAUCAUACAUCACCUAUCGAUGCCAUGAUCCUAUCUACGGAUAACGUAUAUGCUUUAAUUGGCCAGCGACAUGGAGGACUUUUGGGUAUUGUUCAACGAGCACUUAGUAGAGCUAGUAGUCAUAUUUGGUUUGAGAGAAAUGAAGCAAAGGAUCGUUCAACAGUUACAAAGAGGCUUUUCGAGCAUUGUAAUGACCCUCAUAAACUUCCUGUGCUUAUCUUCCCUGAAGGAACAUGCAUCAACAAUACAUCAGUCAUGAUGUUCAAGAAAGGAUCUUUUGAGGUUGGAACUACGAUCUAUCCAAUUGCAAUGAAGUACGAUUCUCGCUUCGGAGACGCUUUCUGGAACAGCAGUGAGCAAUCUUGGUUCGAAUACAUAAUGAGGAUGAUGACUUCAUGGGCUAUCAUUUGCAAUGUAUGGUACCUCCCUGCUAUGACAAAACUGCCAGAAGAAGAUGCUGUAGACUUUGCUAAUCGUGUUAAAAAAGAAAUUGCUCGUAAAGGAGGACUUGUUGAUCUGGAAUGGGAUGGACAGUUGAAGCGAACUAAAGUUCCAAAAAAAUUAGUAGCAAAACAACAAGAAAAAUAUGCUCAUCGAAUGUCUCGUUACACCUCCACUUCUGUUGACGCUUCAAAGUUUGGAAUUGAAAACAACGAAGAGGAUGAUGAAGACUAUGUAUCAUUCCUCUCCCCAACAACAUUAGAAAAUUUGCCUGAAGAUGCAGUGGUUUCUGAUGAAGAAGAAGAGGAAGAAGAAGAAGAGGAGGAUGAGGCUCUCAGUUCUCCAACAGGAAAUCCUCUUUCAGACGCGCCAAUAUCGGAUCUCAACACUGGCUUGCACAUGCGUAAUCCGGUUACUACACAUGAAAAUUAA